AUGAAGGCUCUCGUUAUUCUGGGGCUUCUCUGCCUCUCUGUUGCUGUCCAGGGCAAGGUCUUUGAGAGAUGUGAGCUUGCCAGAACUCUGAAGAAACUCGGACUGGAUGACUAUAAGGGAGUCAGCCUGGCAAACUGGUUGUGUUUGACCAAAUGGGAAAGCGGUUAUAACACAAAAGCUACAAACUACAAUCCUGGCAGUGAAAGCACCGAUUAUGGGAUAUUUCAGAUCAACAGCAAGUGGUGGUGUAAUGAUGGCAAAACCCCUGACGCAGUUGACGGCUGUCAUGUGUCCUGCAGCGAAUUAAUGGAAAAUGACAUCGAAAAAGCUGUAGCAUGUGCAAAGCACAUUGUCAGUGAGCAAGGCAUUACAGCAUGGGUGGCAUGGAAAAGUCAUUGUCGAGACCAUGACGUCAGCAGUUAUGUUGAGGGUUGCACCCUGUAA